UCCCUUUAACUCGAUUUCUUCGUAGCUCUAGUGUCCGCGGGCACCGCUCACGCUCCUCCGGUUUGUGCAGCCUGCUUUGUCUUUAGCGUUAUUGCUCGCCUUGCAGCCGAUGUUGACCUUACAUACGCUGAAUCAACGCCAGCUCCCGCGGUUUGACCUGUCCAGCGCGUCCCAUCGUCAUGUUUGCCUGUGCUAAGUUCGUCUCCACGCCCUCUCUGGUCCGUGCUGGAUCCCGGGCACUGUACAGACCACUAUCAGCAGCAGUAGUGUCAGAUGCCAGGAAAGCAGAGACUGCUUCCCUCCUGGCACCACAGAGUACUGCAGCCUUCCAGCAGCAGAUAGCGGUGCGGGGUUUCCAGACCAGUGCUGUGAGCCAUGACAUCGACACUGCUGCUAAGUUCAUUGGAGCAGGAGCUGCCACGGUGGGAGUGGCUGGAUCUGGAGCCGGAAUUGGAACUGUGUUCGGUAGCCUUAUUAUCGGAUAUGCCAGGAACCCCUCACUGAAGCAGCAGCUGUUCUCCUACGCCAUCUUGGGCUUUGCUCUGUCUGAAGCUAUGGGUCUCUUCUGUCUGAUGGUUGCGUUCCUCAUUCUGUUUGCCAUGUAAACCAGUUCGGCGUUUGCUGUAAAGGGAUACACGUCACAACGUUAACAAGAGUUGGUAGUUUGAGAUGUGGUCAGAAUGGUAUGAUGAUCUCAGCCCAUCGUAUUGAUUAUUCUUAGUCAUUAGUUUGUCUGAACCCACUGAUGUAUGGAACUCUGGCAAACCCAAAUCAUUUUAAAUGAUGUUUUUUUUUCAUUAUACUGUAUAUUUAAUCAAAUGUUUUUGUUAACAAACAUGCAACCAGUAACAGAAGUAAAACAUUUAAUUCAUCA